AUGUCACUCCCUACCACCGCCGGCAAGCCCUCGCAAACGUCCAUCCGAUCCUUCUUCCAAGCCAAACCACCACAAUACGCUCCGCCGCCUUCAAGCAAAAGCAACGGCUCAUCCAUCCCCCUCGCGCCAGUAUCUCCUCCAUCUCAAUCGCAAUCUCAAUCCCAACUCUCCGAGUCCGCCCCGCCUCCGGAUUCUACAUCCCCACACUCCGCCGCCGCGCCGCCAUCGCGAUCCUCAGAUCGAAACCAAGAAGCUCAAGAACACAACAAUCAUCAAGCCUCCUCAAGUCACCCCCGACUUCCCCUCGAAGCCUCCAUCCGCCCCAUCACCUCCGCCGACGUCAACGCCCUCCGCCGCCUCAACGCCCUGCUGCUCCCCGUCAGCUACCCCGAGACCUUCUACAACCGCGCCGCCGACCCCGUCACAGGCCGCUUCUCGCGCGUCAUCUGCUGGGCGCACCAGGGCGACGAACCUAAACCUGUCGGGGGCAUCGUCUGCCGCGUCGAGCCAGACGUCGACGUGCGUGCCGCCGGCUCCCAGACCGCCCAGAACAUCUACAUCCAAUCACUAUGCCUGCUGUCGCCAUACCGCUCCCUAGGCCUCAUCGCCGCCGCCCUUGACGACAUCAUCGCCGCUGCCGUCACUGACCCGACCCUCGAUGUCCGAACCGUCACAGCCCAUGUCUGGACCGAGAACGAAGAAGGCCUGCACUGGUACGAGGCGCGCGGCUUCCAGAAGCAAGAACCCGCCAUCAGGGGCUACUACAUCAAGCUGCGCCCCGACUCGGCCUGGCUCGUGUCCAAACCCGUCAGCGCCUCCGUCCUCAGCUCUCUCCCCUCCUCGGCGCCCCCGCUGUCUCGCCCCGAUAUAUCCAGCACCACCGCGGCCGUGCUGAGCCUGCCGCCCAUGGCGAACCAGCCCCCCGUCAGGCCACCUGCCAGAGUAGCAUCCGGCAAGUCGUUCCAGAACCAGCGGCCCGAGACGGAGUGGAAUGAUCUCCCUGCAGACAUGGCGCCGUCUCUCCUUGGCCCGCCGAAGAACGGCAGCGAGCCGGGAUCCGGCGCGAGCUCGAGGAGCAGCUCCACCGUAAGAAGGAAGAAGGAUAGAUCAUACCCAGCUGCGGCAUUUGGACAGUAA